GGCAACCACAUCCCUGGCAGUUGGCUACUAAGGCACAGAGCAUCUUGGUUGCAGUCCAACCCCCACAGCAGGGGCUUCGACAGGGAAGGGGGUGCCAGUUUGUAGCCCAGCAAGCCAAGUGGUCGGCCUUCAUGGGAUGUUUUCUUGACGCUAGGAAUAUCUCCCAGAAAGCUACAGACCUGCCCUUCUUGCCCCAUGGUUCAAUGUCCUGCUGUCACUUUUCCAUUUCCAGAGCUUGGCUUUUCUUUCAGGGUGUAUUGGACCCGCCCGACCCCCAUAAAUCAACUUGUGGGAAAUAAGCUGACAACUUGAGUGUUCAUAGCUAUUUUAAGCUGAAGCAGUGUUUCUUUUACAGUUGAUAGAACUAAGGCUGCUCUUAGGCAAAGGUCCAGAAUGGAAGGGUCCUCUGAAUCUCUCAAGGAAGACCCUCAGUCUGAGAAGGCCGCCCAAACAGGUUUUGCACCCAGAAUGUCAGAAGCCAUGGCCGAGUUCCUGGUGAACACUGUUGCCGGCACUGCCAAAAUGGUCCAGGCUUCUGUUGAAGCACAGAAGUCUGCACAGCUGGCUUGUUUCCAUGCGGAACAAUCACUGUCCCAGGCCCGGCUGAGCUACGUGGCGGCCCGAGGGUUGGCCGAGCGACUUUUGGGGUUCUUGAAUCCUCCCGACUACCAAGGACUCUUCCAGCAUAUGUCGCAGCCCCCCAUACCGUAUUCUGAAUUCUGCAGCAUCAUCCGACGGGCAGAAAACGCCCUACUGCACCCUGUACUCAAGUGCAUGCCAGGAUUCCCAGCCCGACGGGAUGUCAGCCCCAGCUCUGAAUGUCGCCCAUGUCGCCCACCAGACAAUCCAGAGGAUGGCCUUCAAGGGGAGUUUCUUGAUUUCCAAUGCCUUAGAUCCCCUUGCCUCUGUGAAACGCAGGAUGAGGAGGGGACAGACGAGGAGGAAAACCGAUCUCUGCCGAUUCGGGGGCGAAACCCCUCACGCCACAAACAAGUGGAGACAGUACUUCUGGAGGAUCAGAUGGGGGGCAGUUAUGUGACCCACCGUCGCCGUUCACCCCGGCGGUCCCCCUCAGCUGGAGUGGAGGGGCUUUCACCGUUAGUUUCUGAGCAGGACCUCAACACCAUUCAGCCCCUCAUCUGCUGCCCCUCUCGUCAGGGCGGGUCAGGCAAGUUCGUGAGCAAAGUGACCUGGCGGAAGGAGCAGCCUCAGCGAGAGAAUUCGGACAGCGACACUGACCACUCAGAGAUCUCGGCGAAAGACACUGGAUAAACCCGAGCCCAGCCCCACUGUAAUGGCAGAGAGAAUAAUAAAGAUGCACAGACUAAACCACA